CAAACACUGACGACUAGUCACACUUGCUGUUGAUGUGCGGUUAAGCUAGCCGCUAACGUUAACGUCCGUCCAACGAACGUGCUAGCAACAACAACGUGAGGACGCACCAAAGCACCGCGGACCUCCGAGGUCAACUUGGUAAGAGACCCUUGCAGUGGUUGAAUUCAUGAGCCCGCUCAGAGACAGCCGUGCAUAGUCCUCGGGGAUGGGGACCGGAUCACAGGAACAACAGGCAACACUCACGCAGGGAGAAGGGCUGCCGCUGGAUUCCUCCAGUCAGUCAGAAGGGAGCUAUGAGGGCCUGAAGAACACUCGAUCUGUCGUCAACUCGCUCUUCUCUGGGGCUUUGGCAGGGGCCGUGGCCAAGACUGCUGUCGCCCCAUUGGACAGGACUAAAAUCAUCUUCCAAGUGUCUUCAGCCAGGUUCUCUGCCAAGGAGGCCUACAGGUUGAUCUACCGCACCUACCUGAAGGAUGGCUUCGUCAGCCUUUGGAGGGGCAACUCCGCCACCAUGGUGCGAGUCAUCCCAUAUGCUGCCAUCCAGUUUUGUGCACACGAGCAGUACAAGGGAUUGUUAGGAGGCUACUAUGGCUUUCAGGGGAAAGUCCUUCCUCCAAUUCCGAGGUUAUUGGCUGGGUCCAUGGCGGGUUCCACGGCAGCUAUGGUGACCUAUCCUCUGGACAUGGUGCGCGCUAGGAUGGCUGUAACACCCAAGGAAAUGUACAGCAACAUUCUGCACGUGUUUGUGCGAAUAUCCCGAGAAGAGGGCCUGAAGACGUUGUAUCGAGGCUUUGCUCCCACCAUGCUGGGUGUUAUUCCAUAUGCUGGUCUGAGCUUCUUUACCUACGAGACACUGAAGAAAUCUCACGCAGAGCGCAGUGGGCGCCCACAUCCCUACUCUUAUGAACGUCUGGCGUUUGGAGCCUGUGCGGGACUUCUUGGCCAGUCGGCGUCUUAUCCUCUGGACGUGGUGCGGCGCCGUAUGCAGACGGCAGGAGUCACAGGUCACACGUACGGCACCAUCCUGGGCACCAUGAAGGAGAUCGUAUCCGAGGAAGGGGUCAUCCGUGGACUCUACAAAGGUCUCAGUAUGAACUGGGUCAAAGGGCCCAUCGCGGUGGGGAUCAGCUUCACCACCUUUGACCUCACUCAGAUUCUCUUGAAGAAACUGCAUCAGAUGGGCUACACGGCUCGAUAGAAAAGACACAGAGAUAGGAAGACGGGAAUAGUGGGACGACGAGUCCCCUACACACCCUCAGAAGAGAACGGGAGUAAGAGAGUAACAAUGGUGUGUUGCUGGAUAGGAGCAAACACACACCGGCUGAAGCUCACGGGAUAUUAAUGUUUUCUCCUGCGUUGUUGGUGUGCAGCGGGAUGCCCAGUCCCUGUAGUGCUACAGAAUACACACACAUGUACACAACGUGGUCAUGUGAAGCUCAGUGCAAUAUGCUCAGUGGUUUUCUGUGUGUUUCGCCCUUGUUGGACCAGGCCUGUGAGUGUCAGUUCUGAGGUUAACACACACACACACACACACACACACACACACACUCACACUGACGUCUCCCAGCUGCUUUGUGUGUCUGCUUAAAACCGACAACUUCCAAUUUAUUGCGGGUCACAACUUGUUUAUAAGAAACAUUUUAACAUACGUUUGAUUUACAGUCAAAUAUAACCCCCUUAAGAUUAGUUUUUGUCAUGAGUGUGUUUGUUAUAACAAAUUAUUCCAAAGGUUCAGAUAUACGCUAGUUACAGAUUAGAAGAUAUUUGUGAUGUUUGUAUAUUGAAGCACAAAAGUUCUCUGAGUACAAUUUUAGAGCAAAAAUCUUUCCCAGCACAGAGAUAACAGCAUUUUUUUUGGUUUGAGUUCAAUGUGUUGAAAUCCCAAUGAGUCCAGUAUCUAUAAGUGGACCUCCUUAAGAUUGAAUUCACAGACUUGUAUCUGCAGUUCAGCCGUAGUGAGACUGCAGACUAAACUAGUUUUAUCCAAGUGCCAACAUUUAUGGUCUUCAAAGAGUGCCCAAAUGAUUUUGUUUGUUUUACCUGUGAUAAUAUGUAAUUGGCUUUUUCUAACAAUAUUGUCCAUUGCAAUAGAAAGUUUAGUUGUUUGUAUGUGUUAAUACAAAUGCUCGGCAGAUAUCUGCACGGAAGACUGAAUUACUAGUGGAAAAUAACCUCUCUGGACAUACAGUCCCUUGUUAUGCACACCAAGCAAAUUGGGAUCAUAUACACUGAUUUAUCAGAUGAAAAACAACAGCUCUGCAUUGAUCAGAACCUUUAGGAAGACUGCCUCGAGUGAGAUGUGUGGUAUCUCAAUAUUGAAAGGUGUUUCUGUUCUUUUUCUGGUAAGCUGCAGUAAGUCACCGGUAAACGAUGAACACAACACACACACAGGUACUUAAAUGUCAUCUUCUACUUGCUGUUGGUUUUAACAGCUGCAGGGGACAUUAUUUAAAACUUGGCUCAAGGUGCAUAGCUGUGCUGCUAUUUUCUCACGGAGUAGUUUGACUGGAAAGAUGCACACGCCUAGCGAGAGACCGUUUGAGUUCUUUCUUCCAGGCGUGGAUUUAUAUAUUUGAGUUUGCUCAGUAUUUUACUUUACCUCAGCACGUCAUCAAAUGUUCCUAUCAAUGUUUUAUGUGGUGAGUAGUGUUAAAAAUGGGAACGAGUGCAUUCAGAUUGAGAUUGACUGUAUCUGGGACAGUUUGGACAGUAUUGAUGCCGGGGGCUCACAGCCUUUGAGGAGUGCCAAUAGUUUCUAUACUUGGAUCACACAUACCGAGGGAGGAUGGUUGAGCUGAAGGAGCAGCUGGCUGCAGAGCCACGUGGAGCAGGGUUGAGCAAGUAUGGUAGUUAAAAAAAAAUAUAUAUAUAUUAAUUAUGAUUGAUCCAGGUGACUAAUCAUUUUUCAAUCCUAGUUAAUCUAUAGAUUUUCAUAAAUAUCAAACAGUUGCCUGUCAUUGUUUAAGUUGUCUUAAUAUUGUUUACUGUGCUUUAACUGAGCAGCAGACAAACAACCCAAAACUCUCUCUGCCAUUGAAAAGCAACGUUUAGCAUUUGAAAUCUCUAACAAGAUGUUAAUCAAUAAUCAAAUUUGAUCUAUUCUUGAACUAAUUACUUUAAAGUGUCUAUAGUCAAGUGUUUUGCUUUAACUUUAUAACUAUGAAGUGAAGGUAUCAUUUCAGAGGAAAAUGAAGGCCUCAUCUAUCGUACAAAGGAACACGAUUGUGCUCGGCUGCAGUCAGAAACUGUGUGAAAUGGAAACUUUUCCCAUUAAUCAAGAAGUCAAACGUAUAUGGCUAAACAUGAGCAGUAUACAAACAUUUUGCCUAAAAUUGUUAAAAUUUGUCAUUGAAAGGAUUUCAUCUAAAAAAAGCAAAUGUAGAAAGAAGUGUCCUGAUUAGUGUGACCAACUCUCCACAGACCAGUACCUAGCACUAGCUAAGGUCGCCAGACAAAGUCACAUGGUCACGUUGGUGGGGACAUCGCUUAUAUUCAUUCACGCAAAGCUUUGGGUCAGUAACAAUGUUUUGCAAUUUGGGUCACUGCCCUUUACUGGAAAGGCUACCGCACGUUGCCCCUUUCAUCAAAGGUUUCAUCCGUCUGUCCGCUUGAUGUUGUGAUCGUUUGCUUCAUCGCUCGGUGAAUCGGAGCUGCUCAAACUAGGAGGUUUGGUUAAACUCUUAAAUGAGUUCCCCUGAAAUCAGGGCCACUCAAGGUUCUUCAUUCUCAGGAAGAGAGCUAACUUUAACUGUGGUCCCGUAACACAGUUGUUGAACGUUUUCCUCUCAGAGUUUGGCUGCAGGCUGAAACGGGUCCUUGGGCGCUUGUAGAGGUGCUCCGGUGACGGACACCAAACGCAGCGGACGUUGUUUCGUAUCACGGCAGAGGCCUGUGUAGUCGUUCAAUAUCAGCGUGUUAUCGUUUUGCCUUUCCUCCGUUAAGCAGGUGGGAAAUAAAAGUAUCUGAGCUUUGAUCACUGACUGCUGCUGAUGUUCUGAGCUGAAGCAAGAAUAAUGUAACGUAGACAUUGUGUCUACAGUAACUGAAAGCUGAGCGAUGGGUGGUUGCUGAAUCUCAAGUGCCUGGCGAGGAAUAGUAACGAUGGUACUAUGACUGAGCUACUUCUACUGACCUUUUUGAAGGUCGUGUCCAUUUGCUUUCAGUCGUGAAAUUCCAAAUAUUUAAGGGGGAGAAGAUGGUUUGAAGUUUGGAGAUUGUUAGACCUCUGUGACUGAAUGUAUUACUAAAGGUCCAGUUUUUGUAUGUGAAUUUUUAAAAACAUAUAUACUGCCUUGCAAUGUUCUGCUGUCAAUGGUGAGAUGCAUGAACAUGGCUCCCUAACAGACCCAAACAAUCCAUUUCAACCAGUGUAGGGAUUCAUUUCAAAGUACAUCUGAUUGUCAUUUAUGUCCUGAUUUCAAUUGGAAGAGCAUUGCAAUGUCAUCAUCUUCCUGUAGCUUAAGGGAAGAAGGUCAAUGCAUAAUGGAAAUACACUGUUGGGAGGGUAACAACAUGCUUGGAAAACCCCAGACAAUCAUGAAAUGCCAAAAAAAGUUUUAGUUUUCAAUGAAGUACAUUUUGUUUUGUUAAGUAUUUGACAGUGGCCUAAUGAAAUAAUGCAGAAUCAUUGCAACAACAACUAAAAAAACAACUAGAAAAAGAUGACAUUUUUCUUUAUGUUUUGUUUUAUCAAAUUUGUGGGUAAUCCUACGUGCAGCCAUGCGAUGCCUCUGUGUUGCAUGUUCCAACAGAUCAGCUGGUAUGGUUUUUGUUUCAGUGCAGUGCGAUAAGUCCUUGUGAUUUGUGCCAACUGAAUGUAAACGUAGCUACUAAUACCGCACUCUGUGUUUAAUCUCUUGAUGAUGACGUAUCUGUGGGGAAUUUUGAAAUGUCAAAUUUCAAAAUAAAAGUUGAUAUUAACAACAAAUUGA